AUGUCUACACCAUUAGACCAGCAGCAGCAGCAAGAAACACCAUCCAUGGAAGUGAGCCAACAAGCUGCCUACACCCACAAUGGUCAUGGGUCGGUUGGACCAGUGAUAGCAGUUCUAGCAGUGAUCACUAUAUUGGGAGUCAUAGCAGGAAUGAUUGGCAGGCUUUGUUCAGGUCGUCGGAUCUUGGGUCAUGGACAAUACGAUUUUGAGGGUUGGGUAGAAAGAAAAUGCUCCUCUUGUCUCGAUGGCCAUGUUGACCCGCCUCCGGCCCGACACGCAGAUAUUCCGGUGGCAGCUCCGGUGGUGGAGGAGGUUCCGCCAGAGAUUAAAGAAGAAGAGCAAGAGCAACAACAAAGUGAACAUAAGCCACAUCCAAGUGCCAGUGGAUCUUGA